CCGAUCUGACCCAACCCAAAAUAUUCGGUUUACUCUGGUAGUUUUGGGCCGGAGACCGACUCUGCAACUGGCAGGGGUGAGUAUCGGCGGCAUAAGCACGAAAUCGGCAGGUUUUUCAAUCUUCUGCACCAAAAUCUUCCCAAAACCCUAAAUCCUUUUUAACGAUUCCACUUCAACCUUCGAUCAUCAUCACAUCAAUGUCAGUUAGCGAUAUCCCUCCGUCGUCCACAUCCGCUGCAUCACCACUAGGCUCCUCCGUAAUUCCGAUUGUAAACAAGCUCCAGGACAUAUUCGCUCAGCUCGGAAGCCAAUCCACGAUCGAGCUUCCACAAGUCGCUGUCGUCGGAAGUCAAAGCAGCGGUAAAUCAAGCGUCCUCGAAGCACUCGUCGGCCGUGAUUUUCUCCCACGCGGGAAUGAUAUCUGCACGCGCCGUCCACUUCUUCUCCAGCUUCUUCAGACGAAGUCAAGCUCCGAUGGUGGAUCCGAUGAAGAGUGGGGAGAGUUUCGUCACCUCAAGAACAAACGUUUCUACGAUUUCUCUGAGAUACGCCGCGAGAUUGAGGCUGAGACUAAUAAGGUAGUAGGAGAGAACAAAGGUGUAUCGGAUCAACAGAUUUGUCUCAAGAUAUUUUCCCCGAAUGUUUUGGAUAUCACUCUUGUGGAUCUUCCUGGUAUCACCAAAGUUCCCGUGGGUGAUCAGCCAACGGAUAUCGAAGCACGUCAUAGAACCAUAGGUGUAAUCACAAAGUUGGAUAUUAUGGACAGAGGUACUGAUGCUAGGAAUCACCUUCUUGGAAAAACAAUUCCUCUUCGACUUGGAUACGUAGGAGUUGUAAACCGUAGUCAGGAGGAUAUUUUGCUGAACCGCAGCAUCAAGGAUGCUCUUAUUGCAGAGGAAAAGUUCUUUCUUAGCCGUCCAGCUUACAGUGGUCUCACUGAUCGUUUGGGUAUCCCUCAAUUGGCAAAAAAAUUAAAUCAGAUCCUUGUCCAACACAUCAAGGCACUGCUUCCUAAUCUGAAGUCACGUAUAAGCAAUGCAUUGUUUGCUACAGCAAAAGAGUAUGAGAGCUAUGGGGAUAUAACAGAGUCCAGGGCUGGUCAAGGAGCUCUUCUUCUCAAUUUUCUAACAAAAUACUGUGAAGCAUACUCCUCAACCCUGGAAGGGAAAAGUAAAGAAAUGUCUACAUCUGAGCUCUCGGGUGGAGCAAGAAUUCAUUAUAUCUUCCAAUCAGUCUUUGUUAAGAGCUUGGAGGAGGUUGAUCCAUGCAAAAACUUAACAAAUGAUGAUAUUCGGACUGCAAUUCAGAAUGCAACUGGUCCCAGAUCUGCAUUAUUUGUUCCAGAUGUUCCAUUUGAAGUUCUUGUCAGGAGGCAGAUAUCUCGUUUAUUAGAUCCCAGCCUUCAGUGCGCUAGGUUCAUUUUCGAUGAGCUAAUAAAGAUUAGUCAUCAUUGUAUGAUGACAGAGUUACAGCGAUUUCCAGUCCUGCAAAAGCGCAUGGAUGAGGUUAUUGGGACCUUUCUGCGAGAAGGUCUUGAACCCUCACAAGCAAUGAUCCGAGAUAUUCUUGAAAUGGAGAUGGAUUACAUAAACACCUCACACCCAAAUUUUAUAGGCGGAACCAUAGCCGUGGAGGUUGCAAUGCAACAAGUCAAGUCUAGGAUUCGGCAUCCUGUUGCACGGCCAAAUGGCGUUCAAGCUGCAGCAGAUGCAGAAAAAUCCGCAUCAGCUGGAAACACAAGCUGGAGUGGUUUCUCAUCAAUUUUCCGGGGAAGUGAUGGUCAGGCAUCUGCUAAAAACAACUUAUCAAACAAACCACUCAGCGAAGCUGCUCAAGAUGUGUAUCAGAACUUGUCGACAAUCUAUUUGAAAGAGCCCCCAACUGUGUUGAGGUCAUCUGAAAAUCAUUCAGAACAAGAGGCAGUUGAGAUUGAGGUGACAAAGCUAUUAUUGAAAUCUUACUAUGACAUUGUAAGGAAGAAUAUCGAAGACUUGGUCCCAAAAGCAAUCAUGCAUUUUCUGGUGAAUUACUCGAAACGUGAGCUGCACAAUAUUUUCAUCGAGAAGCUUUACAGGGAGAAUCUGAUUGAAGAACUGUUGAAAGAACCAGAUGAGAUAGCGGCAAAGAGGAAACGCACACGAGAGACUCUUCACAUACUACAACAAGCUAAUAGGACAUUAGACGAGCUACCGUUGGAAGCGGAAUCGGUUGAGAGAGGAUACAGAAUUGGUUCUGAAGCGAAACAUGAGGAGUUAUCGAGUACAAGAGGAUCAAGGGCUCGAUUCUAAUGGGUACAGACGUGUCCACAUGUAAUUUGUUUUGAAAUUUCUGAUUACACACGCAUAAGUCCUCAAUUUAUUGGUUAAUGGAAAGAUUUAUUUUUCUUCCCUUUUAAAUUCUAUGGGGAGGGGGGGG